ACGUUAAUACUGCUUAAUCACGUAUUGAAUUGGGGUCAAUACAUAUCGGAAAGGUAUCACCAAUUGUUUUAAGUGGUUUAUGUUCCGAUACGUUGCCAAUACAUAUUGAAGGGAUAUCAGGGAGGCAUUGGUAUCGGAUACUGUAUCCGACACGCACACGAGCAUCAGGCUAGGCAUCCAUGCUGCAGAGGUCACGAGAUGGCCCAUCCUGGAGGACCACUAACUACAAACAAGGCUGCCGCGUUAGCGAAGUUCCUCGAGAGAAAACUUCAGCAACCUGAUGGGUUGGAGUCUCUGAAUCCUGAUCUUGUAAAUUUGGCUGUGAAAAAUGCGAAGGAAACUAUUAAGGCUAGCAAGGGUGAGUCAUCAACUUCUGGGAGAGUAGUACGGCAUGUUCCAUCAUUUGAGGAUUCCUCCGAGGUUUCGAUCAAGAGGAGCGAGAGGAAGGCAAAGAAGAAAAAGAAGAACAAGAGAAAAACAAAGGCUGCCAAAGAGUCCAAGCUCAACAAAACAUCAAAGAAGAAAAAGUUAUCACUAUGAUUCUCGAAUCUUGCUGCAUUAGGGAGCUAAAAGCAGGCAGUUGCCGAUACCUUUUGCGUUUCUUAUAUCUCUUGAUUCCGCAGAACCUCCUUCGGUACUGUAAACCUAGCUGUGAUCCAUAUAUCCUGAAGGGGGCCCCUCACAGUGAACAAGAACACUUGGGAGAUCCCCAGGGGCAAAACAGAAUUCAGUCGGUCUGGUCUAGCGGUCUGCUUUUGCCAUUAGAUUUACUCGCGAAAGUUCCAUGUAUUCUGCACUUUAUUGCUGUUGCCAAAUGCUAUAUAUAUACACUGAAGCGCAAUGAUGCAGAGAUGUUCAACUUGA